AUGACAAUUCAAAUAUUCCUUGUAUUAAUAAAACUUGUUUCAGGAGUUGAUAACUUUUACUCAUGCGAAGUGAAGACAACUGGACAAAUAAAUUAGAAAGGAGAUUACUCAUUUAAAAUAAAUAGACCAGGGGAUUCAAUAGUCCAUCCCAUUGAUUUAUACAAAACAUAUUACAUUCAAAUUGAUUUUCCUUGGAACAUCAAUAGCGAUUAUACGUGUUAUAAUGAAUAGGCUGUUUUAAUAAGUUGUAAUUAUGCUACAAGCACAAGAGUUAUUUUGAAUAGCUACUUUGUCAAAGAUUACAAAUCAUCAGAUUACGAUAAUACAGAUGGAUUUGCAUUUUCAAUUGAAUUAAAAUCUGUUUUGAAUCCAACUUACAGUGGGAAAUAUGAUAGUCCUAUUUAGAUAUCAAUUAUGAGUUCUACGAGUACUUUAUUAGAAUAGUGCCCUAAUGGAGGAAUUCAACCAACUAUAAAUCCAGGAGUCGCGACCUGUUCAGGUGAUGGAUAAUAAUUUAAAGUAAAUAGUUCAAACACAGAUAUUUCAUUAUAAAUGUUUGUAAAGAACUCUUUAGCUAUAGAAGUAAAUUAUUAAAGUAAAAUAGAGUUACCUGAUUGUCAAGUAUACUCGGUAUUGGUAGAUUGAUAAGAUUACUAAAGAAAUGAUUCCAGGAUCAACUACCUGUUUAGUCUACGCAAAUUAAAUCUUAAUUGCAGGUACUACUUGUACAAAGGAUUCAGCUAAUUUUUAAAUAAAGUCAACUUUAGGGACUGGAUUUACCGGAUCAAAUGUAUGAUAUGUAUUAUAUUAGAUUACUCUAGUAAUUAAUGGAGUCAAUUCGCCAUCAUCAACAACGCCUGAUGGAAGUUUCAUUUUAUAAACAUAUAACUCAAAUAAUAAACUGAUUGAUGAAUGUUCAUUAUCAACCAUAAGUGGAUGGGUUCCAAAUGUUGUUGUACUCAGUAGUAUGACAUGGACGAACAUAGUUAAUUAAGUAGAAAGAUUAAAUGUGUAAUUUCAACUAAAUAGUUAAAUACUAACUGGAGACACUAUUUAAAUAACGAUUCCUAAAGAAAUAAAAAUUAGUUCUACUAAUCUAAUUUAAAUAAGAGAUUCAAGAAGCUAUUUCUUUACUUCCCCAAUCAAUCAAUUAGGAUUUACAAUCACAGAUUAAUUAGUCACGAUAACGUCAACCAAGGAUUUUUCUACAACUCUUUCUAAUAUUUUAUUAACAUUUGUAAAUGUUAAUGCCCCUCCAUCAAUUAAACCGUCAUCACCAAUUGCUAUUAGUACUUAUAGAGGAUCUUACAUAAUUGAUAAAAGCACAGCCAGCUUAACUAUAGCUGCAUCAAAUGGCGCAAUUAGUUCAGUUUCAAUUGUUGCUUUGAAUAAAGUGAUCAAUUAAUUAUCUGCCUAUGAUUUUGUUAUAGCAUUGGCAAAUCCUCUCUUGUAAGAUGGAUAUAUAACUAUUUUAUUUCCUAAUUAAUUCGAUUUAACCUAAAUUACAAAGAUUCAAAACUAUGAAAUAAACUCAUAAGCUUAUGAUGCUUAAUAUAGUGUUUCUAGUUAGAAACUAAUAAUCUCAUCAUUAUAUUCAACUAAUAUUGGGGCUUCUGCAUAAAUCAAAUUUUAAAUAUAAUAAAUUAAAAAUUAAUUUAGUGCUAACAUAAGUAACGCCUUUACAGUGCAAUCUUACUAUUCAAAGAGUACUGAGGACUUUUUAGUGGAUUAGCAUACUACAUUUUAAAUGGUUUCAUUUACAUCAGGGUCCUUGGAUACAAAUUCAAUAUCAAUUAAAGUAGAUGAUUAUAUCACUGGAACAGUAGAUAACUAUGAAAUAAAUCUAAUUAAUACUAAUGUAAUUACUGCACUUGGAUAUAUAGUUGUAACGUUUACAUCUGAUUUUACUAUGAGUGGUAAUCCUACUAGUUGUACAAUAAAUGGAAUCAGCAGUACAUGUACUUCAACUGCCACCAAUACUAUUAAAAUCAUAACAUCGACAAGCAUUGCCAGCAACAAUAAUAUCAAAUUAAAAAUUACUUCUUACAUCUCUAAUCCAAUCACUUUAUAACUCCUUAGUAAUGUAGUUACGAUAAAAACAUAUGAUGACUAGAAUUUAUUAAUUGAUAGCGGAUAAGGCGGCAGCAUUUAGAUGUUACAUUUGUCCACUUUUUCAUUGACUCUCUCUUCCAGGGUUUCUUAGACGAAUGGAGUAAAAAAUGCUUAUACUUUAAAUAUCAACUUUUAAGUAACCUAGGUAAAUGGAAUAUAUCUCAUAAUUGAGAUUCCAAGUGAUUUAUCCAUUGAUCUAUAAUCGUGUCAAUCAAUUUCUCCUUUGUAGACAACUCUACCUUGCUCUUUUGCAAAUUCAAAAUUGUAGAUUCAAUUGCUAUGCAGCUCUUGUUCAUCUAUUGUAAAAAGUAUAGAUUAUAAGAUUGCUGUCAAUCAAAUAAUUAAUCCUUCAUCUUUCAAACCAGUUACAAUAUCUGCUGCAUAUACAAUUUAGAAUUUAUUAAAUGAUUUAACAAAGCAGAGUCAGUUAAAAGACUCAUUGACUAUAACCAAUACUUAGACCAACACGAUCAAAACAUUUACUUAGACAUAUGAGAAUGGUUACUUAAAUCAGUUGGAUAAUUACUUAUUUACCAUUGAAGUUAAUAAUUAAUUGAGUGAGAAUUUUAAGAUAGCUAUAAAUGUUCCUACAGACAUAAAAGUAUUUCAAUCAACUGAGACAACUCCCACAAGUUUAUCAAACAUAUAAAACUUACCGAGUGAUGUUUCAAUUAAUAUUAAUUCUCAGAGUAUUAUUAUAUCUGGUUAUUCUGGAUCAAAAAUAUCAAGCUUCUCAUUUAAAAUAACCAAUUUGCAAAACCCCAGCACAGCUGCAAUCAGUACUUAUUUUUCAAUUAAUACAUACAAUGUAUAAAUUAAUUAGGAUUAUUAAAUGGAUACUGGUUAACUUGGAACUUAUAAUCAUAAAUGUAAUUUACCCUGUAAAGAUUGUGAUACAUCUAUCUUAACUAAAUGUAGUAGUUGUUAUGAUAGCACUAGAAGCAGUUUGGUUUCAUCUAAGAUUUAUUUCAUGAGUGAUUCAAAUAGCUGCGUAACUGAUUGUUAUAGUGUGGAUGGUUACUAUGUUACAAGUGGGGAAUUUACCUGUAAAAAAUGUAAUGUAGAGUGCAAGAAAUGUAAGGAUGUAAAUUCGUUUUGUUUGGAAUGUAGUGGAACAUAUAAAUUCUUAAACAAUAAAUGCUUGGAUUAAUGUCCAAAGACUUACUACAACAAUUAAUAAGUAUGUUAAAAUUGCAUAAAUAAUUGUGACACUUGUUCUAAUAGUACAACUUGUACAGUGUGCAGCGCUAAUUUCUACUUGUAUUAGUAAACAUGCAUUGAUACUUGUCCUGCAAACAUUACUGUCACCAACACAUAAUAAUAAACAUGUGACACUUGCACCAAUAAUUGUUAAACUUGUCAAAACCAAACAUCAUUUUGUAUUACAUGUAAAACCAAUUAUUAUCUGUAUAAUAAUGCUUGUAUAUCUAUAUGUAAGGAUGGUACCUUUCUAAAUGGAUCCUAAUGCACAGACUGUCUAACCAAAUGUAAAACCUGUAGUAACGGAACCACUUGUGAUACAUGUGCUGACGGUUUACUGUUUUAUUAAAAUGAUUGUUUGGAUAAAUGUCCAGAUUAAUACUUUGCUUAGAAUGGCAAGUGUCAAUAAUGCAAUUUCUCAUGUAAUACUUGCGAGUCCAAUUAAUAUCGAUGCACCAGCUGUGUAAAUAAUACAUUCCUAUAUAAUUAUCAAUGUUUGGGACAAUGUCCAGACGAAUAUUAUGGUGACAUCAAUACAAACAAAUGUGUGUAAUGUAAGGCUCCUUGUAAGACUUGUAAAUCAGAGAAAUUAUGUUUAAGUUGUGUAACAUAAAUACCUGUUUUAUACUAUUACAACAAUUCAUGUAACACAUCCUGUCUCUAAGAUUAUGCUCCUGAGAAAGGUCAAUGUGUACAAUGCAGGAAUCCUUGUAAGUAAUGUACAACUACGCCUGACACAUGCAGCGAAUGCUAUCCUAAUACCUAUUUAUUGAGAGAUAUGUGUGUCACUGAUUGUGGUGAUGGCUAUUACAAAGAUAGUUAAUAAUAUCAGUGCUAACUUUGUGAAGAUCCUUGUGCUAAUUGUUCUAAUAAAACCAGUUGUCUGUCUUGCAAAAAUGAUUUAUACCUAUUCAAAUCUACUUGUGUUUCAAAAUGCGAAGAUGGGUAUUAUCAAUAGGAUAAAUAAUGCCACUCCUGUUUAAGCAUAUGUUUGACUUGUGUGGACAACAUUAGUUGUGUGAAAUGCAAGGAUAAUUUGAUAUAGUACAACAACCAAUGCUUAUCAUCAUGUCCUACUAAUUUAUUUGAGGAGAACAAAACGUGUGUGGGAUGUAGAGCUCCUUGUUUAUUAUGUGGUACAUCUCCUGACAAUUGUUUAUCUUGUGUUUCCACCACUUAUUUGAAUGCUUAAUCUCAAUGCGUGAAAUAAUGUGAAGAGGGAUAUUAUGGAGAUCAAGUAUCCAAUAAAUGUUUACAAUGUGUGACUCCAUGUAAAACCUGUACUUCAAGUACAUCCUGUUCAAGCUGCGUGGAUUAGAUUCCCGUCUUAUUCUUUUACAACAAUUCUUGUAAUACAGAGUGUCCAAAUAAUCAAGUCCCUGAAAAUGGAGUAUGUAUCUCAUGUAGACAACCUUGUAGAUCUUGUAAGACAACAGCUGACACCUGCUACUCAUGUUAAAGUGAAACUUACCUCAGUGGUAAUAAAUGUCUUGGUACUUGUGACGAUGGCUAUUAUGCAGAUGCGACUACAAACGAAUGUAAGCUAUGUAUUUCACCUUGUCUUACAUGUUCAAGUCUUACAGCUUGCAUUACUUGUCUCUAGAGCCAAGUUAAUAAGAUUUUCUUUGAUGGCAACUGCAUAUCUUCAUGCCCAACUGGCUAUUAUGAAUCCCUUGGUACUUGUAUUCUUUGCACUAUUGACUCAAGUGAUGAAGCUUGCAAUUCCACAGUGCAAGUUCUAGAGAGCAUAUAAACGGACAAAUUCAUCCCGAUGCCUUGCACUAUCCUUACCUUGGUGUUCAUUACCACUGUGAUUGUUGCCAGGAUCACUAAACCUGAGACAUUUAUUCCAGGUGCUGUAACAUCUAUUGGAGGGUUAUUUGAAUGGGGAAGUCAGGGCGUAUUACUAUACCUCAGUUAUUCGGAAUGGGGACUGUUCAAUCUCUAGAACUAUAUUAUUAUGGGAGCUUUGGGAAUUAAUUAUUUACUCAAUUUUAUACAUUUGAUAUCAUCUAGAUGCACAAUCUAUAACGAUCCCUACUUUCAGUAAUGGUUAAAUAGUAGAAACGUUAAUAAAAUAACAUACGCAUUGAUAUCCUUCAUAGGUCUAAUAACUACGUUUAAGAUUAACAAGAUCUAUUUCUCCAGAUACUUUGGCUUCUAUUUCUUCAAAGCUUGCAUUGUGGAUGUCCAGAAAUUUCUCAUUUUCAAUAUAAUUUCCUUGGUGAGCAUUUUCUUAAUCACUUUGCCUGUGAUUGUGGCUUCAGCAAUAAUCUUAAAUAAUUACGAUGAGAAAGAUUAGUUGUAUGUGUCAACCAUCGAUUGCAUUAUUGUCACUUUCAUCAUUUUUAUUUCAAUCAUCUGGGAAUCUUAGAAGAACGAAGAUUACUUUAAAGAAAAUGGACUCUAAGCAUUAAAUUACGUUGUAGGACAAUCUUUCAUUGCUGGACAAUCAGAACAAUAGGCAGCAGAUUAGUCUGGUGAAUAAGGAGAGGUCAAUUUUAAUGAUGAAGUUCAAAAUUAAUAAAUAGAUGAGCCCUAAAAGAUUAAUUCCACUAACAAUUAAAAGAAAUCAUUUUUGAUUAAAAAUAACUCUGAAGUCAUCAUACCUGGUAAAAAACAUAGUGUUGCUCCUGAGGAUGGACCCUUUUUCAGAACUCAAAACAAUGACUCACAAACUAGCCAAUAAAGAAAGGACUUUGAAGAAUUCAUUCAAAACAAAAAGGUUACUAAAAAUCCAGAUGAUUAAUCACUGAAUUUGUCUUCGAUUGAAGAAUAACUUUAGCAUCCUCUGAAUGAAACAUCUCAGGAUAAAGAUUUCUUUAAUGAUUAUAAAGUAUUAUAAUUCCAAAAUCCAGAAGAAUUGCAACCAAAGUUUUUGUAGACUGAUUCACAAUAGGAUUUAGAUUUCUCAUCAGAGUUAGAAUGUAAUAAUCUUAAUUUUAAAAAUAAUUAAUUAAAUACUCCUUAGAAUAAUGCUACUAAAAGCAGUAGAUUUAAAAAAAACAAAACAAUUGAAAUUGUAAUUGAUAAGAUUGAUUUUGAUAAAUCUAUUUAAGUUUAAGAUGAAGAUAUACUAAAGUAAAAAUUAGAGGAAGAAAAGUUAAGGAUUCAAAAAGAAGAAGAAUUAAAACUAGAGUAAUUAAGACAGGAGCAAAAAUAGAAAGAAGAAAUGUAUCAGGAAUAAUUAUUACAAAUAUAAUUGGAAAAAUAAAGAAUUGAAGAUGAAAAGAAGUAACUAGAAGAAGCUGAAAGAAUCAAGGCUGAAGAAAUACUAAAGGAAACUUAAAGAAGAGAAAGAGAAAUUUUAUUAGAAAAGGAAGAAAAAGAAAGAGUAUGGGCAUCUUAAUUGGAAGAAUAGCAAAGAUAACGAGCACUUUAAGAGCAAAGAGAAUUUGAAUUAAAGAAGGAAUUAGAAAUGGAAAAGUAAGAAAAAAUUAAGUUUUAACUCCAACUACAAGAGAAAUUAUUAAGAGAAUAAGAAUUGGAAAAAUUAGAAAUUGAGAAAAAAAACAAGGCGGAACUGGAAAGACUCGAACAAAUAAAAUUAGAAGAGGAAUUGAAAAUAAUCAAGUAAAAAGAAUUAGAAUUACAAAAACAGCUAGAUGAAUAAAUUAAAAAGGAAAAAGAAGAACGUGACUUAAGAAUAAAAUAAGAGUAGGAAAAGUAAAGAUUACAGGAAGAGCUUUUAAUAAAAUAACAACAGGAAGAAUUAAGACUAAAAUAGGAGGAAGAAUAAAAAAGAAUCUAAUUAUUGGAGUAAGAAGAAUAGUAAAGGCUUAAAAUGCUAUAAGAAGAAGAGGAAUUAAGGCUUAAAAUGUUAUAAGAAGAAGAGGAAUUAAGGCUUAAAUAAUUAGAAGAGUAGUAAUAACAAAUGGUAGAUAAUCAAAAUGAGGAUUAGUAAUCAGUAGACCUUAUUCACUUCGAAAAUGAUGACAAUGAGAUUUCUCAAAGAAAGGAUGGAAAUAAAAAUAAAAAGCAAAUAUUUUUAUAGUUAGACGAUCUAGACCAUGAAUUUGAACCUAACAGGAACUAAAAACUUAAAAGCGAUUCUGUUGAAUUUGCAGAAGAAAAAAUAGUUGAUUAAAUUGACUAUUAAAAUACUGAUUACAUGAGAUAAUUUGAUAUGAAUGAUCCAAAAGAAAUGUUUUAAUAAAAGAUUUCAUCCAAAAGUAUCAGCGUUAGGCAUUCUUACAAUAAUCCUUAACAACUUCAUAAAACUAUUCAAGAUUAACCAAAUUCCAGAAACCCUUCAAUAGGAAAUUAGUAUUAAUUUAUCCCGAAAAAGAAGAAUUCGAAUGUCAUUGGAACUAAUUAAUAACGAUAAGAAAUCCCUAAAAGACCCUCAAAGUCUUCAAAUCCUCACAACAUCGUCCAUCAGCAAAGUUAGAUUAAAAAUUAAGGAACACCUACCAACUACUAGUAGAAUAAUAUUAAUUUUAUUGGAAAUGCAUAUAAUACCUUUGCUCCUAAAACUGCAUUAAAUAAAGAAAAAGAUGAACGAUAUUUGAGAUUAAAAGAAGAAAUAUAUCUUCAACAUAUACCAAAUUAUUAUGAGAAAUAAGUCUUAGAGGAUUUAAAGAAGAAGAAACAAUAAUAACCAUAGAAAAGAAAUCUAAAGUCAAGUUAGCAUAGAUAGUAUGAAGUAGCAGAUGAUCUUCAUUUGGAUUUCUGAAUAAUUAAUUUUGAC